AUGGAUGAACUGCAGGAUGUUCAGCUGACAGAGAUCAAACCGCUGCUGAAUGAUAAGAAUGCAGCUCGCAACUUCCAGGACUUCGACUGUCAGGAACAUGACAUCGAGACAGCUUUCGGAGUGGUCCAUGUCACCAUGCGGGGCACACCCAAGGGGAACAGACCCGUCAUCCUUACAUACCAUGAUAUUGGCCUCAACCACAAAUCCUGUUUUAAUGCAUUCUUUAACUUUGAAGACAUGCAAGAGAUCACUCAGCAUUUUGCUGUGUGCCAUGUGGAUGCACCAGGCCAGCAGGAAGGAGCUCCCCCAUUCCCAUCUGGGUACCAGUAUCCCAGUAUGGAUGAACUGGCUGAAAUGCUGCCCGCUGUUCUGACGCACCUGAACCUGAAGAGCUUCAUUGGGAUUGGACUGGGAGCUGGCGCUUAUGUCCUCAGCAGGUGUGCACUCAGCCACCCUGACCUGGUGGAGGCACUCGUUCUUAUUAAUGUUGAUCCAUGUGCAAAGGGCUGGAUUGACUGGGCAGCAUCCAAGUUUUCAGGCUGGACAACCAACAUAGUGGAUAUUGUCUUGGCGCAUCAUUUUGGCCAUGAGGAGCUGCAGGCAAAUCUAGAUUUGAUCCAAACCUACAGGCUUCAUAUCGCACAAGAUAUUAACCAAGAUAACCUUCAGCUGUUCCUCACCUCAUACAACAGUCGUAGAGAUCUGGAAAUUGAGAGACCAGUUCUUGGCAUCAAUGAAAAUACUGCAAAAACACUCAAGUGCCCUGCCUUGCUAGUGGUUGGUGACAACUCACCUGCCGUGGAAGCAGUGGUUGAAUGCAAUUCACGUCUUGACCCAACCAAAACGACCCUUCUGAAGAUGGCCGACUGCGGGGGCCUGCCCCAGGUGGUUCAGCCUGGCAAGCUGACUGAAGCCUUCAAGUACUUUGUGCAGGGGAUGGGCUACAUGCCAGCAGCUAGUAUGACCAGGCUGAUGCGCUCCCGUACUCACUCCUCCUCUAGCGUGGGCUCUGGGGAGAGCGUCCGCAGCCGGUCUCAUACCAGCAACCAUGGUGAAGGAAGUGCUGGAACCCCAGAAGGAAUUGAUCUCCAGGAUGCACCUCAAACCAUGGAAGUGUCCUGUUAGACAGGAGCCCCUCUUCUGGAUUCAGACAACUCCACUCACCCCCACUGAACCCACUCAGAAUCUAGCAUUUCAUCCAACACAGCAUUAACUGUUCUCUCUAACUUGUGCAUGCCCAUCUGAGCUGCCACCUCCUUGGUAGUCUGUACUUGGCAUUACUUUGGUCCUUUCUGUAUGCCCUUGGCAUCAGAGCCUCUUUAAAACUCAUUAACAUUCCGCGGUCUUAGUAAGUCAUGUUACUGUACACGCUGAUACCAUCUCCUGUCUGUGCUGUGUAUCGAUCCAGAUGACAGCCGUUGUCUCCCCUGUUCAUUUAAAUAUAAUUUCUGUGGCUUUGUGAGGUUUAGAAUUGCUUUCUAGUUGUGCUUCUGCUAAAGGACCCUUGUGGUGCAGUUGGUAUGGCAUCUGUGGGAAAGCAAGACCAUGAUGAUGUGAAACUCCAGGCGCUGGAGCAGGUCAUGCUCUUGGCAGAGCUGUGCCUGGAGCACAGAACCCACCAGAAGGUCUUUGUGUUCCCAGGACUCUUGGCAUGCCAGGCAGCUGUGGGGAAAACAAAUAGUCAGAAAUAUUGUCUUGGUCUCAUCUCUGUGUGUGUGUUAAGAAGGAGCAGAAUGAUUUCUUACCUGAGCCUCCUGAACAGGCAAAGCAAUUUCCA